GUGCCCCAGACAGCUGCGUGGAGCAGCGAGACGGCGCGGCAGCGUGGAGCAGCCAUGGCCCGGCUGCUGCGGGCGUCCUGCCUCCUGUCCCUGCUCCUGGCCGGCCUCGUCCCUCCCAGCUGGGGCCAGGAGAGGUCGAAGACAGACUGCCACAACGGCAUGAGCGGCACCAUCUAUGAGUAUGGGGCCCUCACCAUCGACGGCGAGGAGUAUAUCCCCUUUAAGAAGUACACUGGCAAGUACAUCCUUUUCGUCAAUGUGGCCAGCUACUGAGGCCUGACUGACCAGUACCUUGAACUGAAUGCACUACAGGAAGAACUCGAGCCAUUCGGCCUAGUUGUUUUGGGCUUCCCCUGCAACCAAUUCGGAAAACAGGAGCCGGGAGAGAACUCGGAGAUCCUCCCCAGCCUCAAGUACGUCAGGCCAGGUGGGGGCUUUGUUCCUAACUUCCAGCUCUUCGAGAAAGGCGACGUAAAUGGGGAAAAAGAGCAGAAGUUCUACACGUUCCUGAAGAACUCCUGUCCUCCCACCUCCGAGCUUGUGGGCUCCCCUGGCCGCCUCUUCUGGGAACCCAUGAAGGUCCACGACAUCCGCUGGAACUUCGAGAAGUUCCUGGUGGGGCCAGAUGGCAGGCCCAUCAUGCGCUGGUACCACCGGACCACGGUCAGCAACGUGAAGAUAGACAUCCUGGCUCAUAUGCGACAGCGGGCGGCUCUACGGGAGGCAGCUCUGCUGGCCCGGGGGAAGUAACCGCUGCCCACUCCCGCCCACCCGCUACCCCUUACCCCUGCUCCUCACGCCAGCCCUAGCCCGCCAGAAAUGUGUAGGCAGCUGCUAGCAUCCUUCGCUCCUAAUAUUACACAGCCACGCAGAUCUGAGAGCCUGCGCCCCUGUGCCACUCAACGCGGAAAUUCUUCUCAUGUCCCCAUGACAAUUUGCUUUUGUGAGAGCCCAAAGUGCCAGGUCCGAUUACCCUGCUCUAACCUGCACCUCAAGGUGGGCUCCUGCGGCCUGAAGGGCUCCAGUUCCAUCCCUACCCAGCCCAGCCCAGAGCCAGGGCCAAGCGUCUCCAUGAGGGAGGGGCCCAAAGCCUGUGGGCGGACCCCCCCUGAGCCUGCCCGCGGCCCAGCCCUUAGUGCAUUCAGGCUGAGCCCGAGCAGGGACGCUACCCCCUUGCCUGUUACCAGCAACCUCACACUCAUCUGCCCAGUAAAGGUCUCUGCAGCAACCCA